CUAUUCAACAUUUGCUAAACAAAAUUAGUCAUAUAUAUUUUCAAUUUUUAUUAGAAACAAGAAAGAUUCUUUCACAAAGAUUUCUUCUUUUAUUCGUCAGAGUCUUGUCCAAAUCCCAAGAAUACCCUUUCAUGAACUGGAAAAUCCAAAAGAGGUAAAAACCUAAACAAACCCUACCCCACAUUAUCUCCCUCCAAUUUUACAACAGCCAUGAAGUUCAAUCUCACCUUCUCUCAUGGCCAUUCUCAUCUCACUCUCUUUCCAGAACCCAAACCAAUCAAUCUUUAACACCCUAAAGCCCAAUCCUACUCUCCGUAGCAAUGUCUCCAAGAGACAGUUUUUAUUAAAAACUACUUCACUUGGUGUCAUUUCAUUAACUACUCAAAACCCACUUAUACAGUCCUUAGCUGAAUCUUCUUCCCCUUCAAAACCAGGUCUUUCAGGCAUUGCCAACACCAAAUCUUGGUUCCAGUUUUAUGGUGAUGGAUUUUCCAUUCGGGUCCCUCCUCAAUUUCAGGACAUCAUGGAGCCAGAGGAUUUUAAUGCCGGAUUGUCUUUAUAUGGAGAUAAGGCAAAGCCAAGGACCUUUGCAGCACGUUUUGCAUCUUCAGAUGGGUCGGAAGUCCUGAGUGUGGUGAUUCGCCCCUCCAAUCAACUCAAGAUCACCUUCUUAGAGGCUAAGGAUAUUACUGAUUUAGGUUCGCUGAAGGAGGCAGCAAAAGUCUUUGUUCCAGGUGGCUCAACUUUGUACUCCGCUCGAGCAAUAAAAGUAAAGGAAGAGGAAGGUUUCAGGACCUAUUACUUCUAUGAAUUUGGUAGAGAAGAGCAGCACGUGGCAUUAGUAGCUGCAAUUAACAGUGGAAAGGCAAUUAUUGCUGGAGCAACUGCCCCACAGUCUAGAUGGGACACUGAUGGCGUGAAGCUUCGCUCUGCUGCUAUUUCACUGACAGUUCUUUAGUCUGCUGCUAAUUUCUCAUUUAGGAGUCUCUUGGUUCCUGCUGCAUUCGCCAUUGCAUUGUGAAUGCCGGACAAGUUGCAUGUCGAGUUGAGGAAGCAUCCUGCGCAAGCUGCAGGCACGGAGACUUGCAUUUCAAAUUCUCAGAGGUUUUUCCUGCACUGGAGUUGUGAUCUUUCAGCAGUGUACCUUGCGAUGGCAGCUUAGAGCUCAUUGGAGAGGAAAUUUGUUUUGAAGGGUUUUUGUCGGAUUUAUAAAGCCAUUUCUCAUUCAUCCCAUCAUAAAAUUGAGCCUCAUACUGUUCUUCAGCUUUAUGCACAAUUUCAUUAGCUCAUGCUGCAGGCAAACUAUGAGUGAUUUUCAAUUUUAGUUCACUGUCAACUGUAGUAGCUCUCAAUUUUUAUUAGAAAUUCAUUUUAUUUUAUACAUAAAUUUCAUUUGCAAAUGA